AUACCACAAAACAAAGACACAACAUCAACAUCAAAAUGCCCCCCCUCCCCCCCCGCACCGCAUCCAUCACCCGGAUAACCAACGAAACCAAGAUCCAAAUCUCCCUCUCGCUGGACGGAGGCAUCCUCCCCCCCUACGAACCAUGCAGUCACUUCCCGGCGCCCACAGACCCAACCGAAGCCGAGGCAAGCAAGAAGGGGAUUAUCCCAAACAAAGCCUCACCGCACGCCACACAAUUCACCCCAACGCAGCAAAUCACCAUUAACACGGGCAUUGGAUUCCUGGAUCAUAUGUUGCAUGCGUUGGCGAAGCAUGGGGGGUGGAGUUUGGCUGUGAGAGCUAAGGGGGAUCUUUUUAUCGACGACCACCACACAACGGAAGAUACAUUCCUCGCUCUAGGCAGCGCAUUCACCGAAGCACUCGGGGCAAGACAAUCGCUUGCGCGAUUCGGACGGGGCGAUGCGCCGCUGGACGAGGCGUUGUCGUGGGCGGUGAUUGAUCUGUCGAGUCGGCCGUGGGCGGUGAUUAACAUUGGGUUCCGGAGGGAGAAGAUUGGGGAUUUGAGUACGGAGAUGAUUACGCAUGGAUUGCAGAGUUUUGCGCAGGCCGCGGGAGUGACGCUGCAUGUGGGGUGCACGUAUGGUGAUAAUGAUCAUCAUCGGGCGGAGAGUGCGUUUAAGGCGUUGGCGGUGGCGAUUCGGACGGCUUGUACGAGACGCGUGGAGGGGGAGGUUGGGGCCGGGGAUGUGGUUAGUACGAAGGGGGUUCUUUAAAUAUUUUAUGUGUAGAUGGAUGGUAUGUUG